UAGAAUAUAAUAGAUUUUUUUUUUUUUAAAAAAGACAAAAUAAUAUUAUCUACCGCAUAAGAUAGACCACGUAGCGUUGAAAAUAUUGCAAAACGUUUGACUUCGGUCGUGGUGUUCGCGUGUGAUAUCAAAUUUGCGUUGAAUUCGGUUCGUCGCAUUGUCGUCGUCCGGGUGUUGUUUUUUUUUUUUUUUCCUGAAAAUCGUGGGUUUUUAACAAAAUUACAGUGGAGUUAGACAUGUGAUGACAUGAAGGCGUCACUAGUGAUUAAUACGAUUAUCUUGGGCCUUGUGUUGGACGAGAUUUCCCGGGCUUACGCCAAACACAGAGAAGGCAAAUACAAAGGCACGCACUGGUGGGGCAUCGCUAAAGCUGGCGAACCGAAUAAUCUGGCGCCAGUCACUUCCGUCACUCCGGGUCUUAUGUUCAUGGACGCUUCCUCGAUGACACUUUUGAGGAACAAGCAAAGGCGGAUGAUACGCGAAAACCCGGGCGUUCAGCUGGCUAUCAGCCGGGGCGUCAACAUGGCGCUACAAGAAUGCCAACACCAGUUCCGGAAUAGACGGUGGAACUGUUCCACCAAAAACUUCUUGACCGGCAAGAAUUUGUUCGGCAAAAUCGUCGACCGCGGUUUCAGAGAGACUGCGUUCAUCUACGCCAUCACCAGCGCCGGUGUAACGCACGCCGUGUCCAGGGCUUGUGCCGAGGGUGUGAUCGAGACGUGCACGUGCGACACUACCCACCAAAGACGAGGCCCUUACAUACAGAACUCGGUGCCCGGCGUCAAGGACUGGGAAUGGGGAGGCUGCUCGGACAACAUAGACUUUGGGUACAAGUUCGCCAGAAUGUUCGUGGACACGGGCGAACGGGGUCGGAGUCUCCGUGAGAAAAUGAAUCUACACAACAACGAAGCCGGUCGAAUGCACGUUCAGUCCGAGAUGAAACAAGAGUGCAAGUGUCACGGUAUGUCCGGUUCGUGCACGGUCAAGACGUGCUGGAUGAGACUACCCAACUUCCGGUUGAUCGGCGACAACCUCAAAGACAGGUUCGACGGUGCGUCCCGCGUGAUGGUCGGCAACGCGGGCGGACUGCGGCGUCUCCGUCGCAAGGACAACGCGCAAAACAAGCACUACGAACACCGUGCGCUGUCGGACGACCUGAACGGCGGCCGAGACGACCAUGGUCAGCUGGACGCCGGCGCGGACGGAGUCGGAAACGGUGGCGAUAACGGCGGUGGCGGUGGCAGGAGUCGGUACAGCUUCCAGCUGAAACCGUACAACCCGGAACUGAAGGCGCCCGGAACCAAGGACCUGGUGUACCUGGAACCGUCGCCGGGCUUUUGCGAACCAAACUCUCGGCUGGGCAUACUCGGCACGCACGGACGCGUUUGCAACGAAUCGUCCAUCGGUGUGGACGGCUGCGACCUGAUGUGCUGCGGCCGCGGUUACAAAACCCACCAGGCUCUGGUGUCGGAACGGUGUAACUGCACCUUCCUGUGGUGCUGCGAGGUCAAAUGCAACAUUUGCCAGUACCGGAAAACCAUUAACACGUGCCUGUGAGAAAAGCGGACAAGCGUACCCCAAACCGGCCAACCCCACCGUUCGUCCAUUCCUAAUUGUACGCGCAUAAACGUAAGUCUCUUCGUUAAACUCUCUCUCUCUGUCUCUCUGUUUUUCUACCUUUUGCCCAAUCUAUGUUAUAUUCGUGUCUGUUUCUGUUUGUUUCUCGCUUUAAUGAUAUUUAUGAUAAUAUAAUACAAUUCCUUUGCACCAGCACUCGCAUACAAAGUUUUACAAUAUUCACUAAAGUAUCAUAAAAUAAAUAGUAAUAUUCUUAUUAAUGUAUAAUUGUAUAAUAUAGAAUAAAUAUUUCAUAGGCUUUACUCUUAAUAUUACAUAGCCCGAGUGUUAUCUAUUUAUAGAUAGCACAAGUUUUAACUAAUAAUUAUAACUUAUGUAUUCUUUAAAAAAAAAAUGUAUAAUAGCUAUAAUUUACAAAUUAAAUAGUAAUUGUCUAAUUUAUAUAAUACACAGUUGAAUAAGUGUUCCCAAAGUAUGGAAUGCUGUUUUUUUUUAUAAAUUAUUUACUCUCGCUGGCAAAGCGAUACAACGUUGUAUUUGUUUAUUCGAUAGACAAGCGGUAUGUUUCAUUUGGAAAACGUUAUGUAUUAUUUUUUUUUUAAGUAAAAUGAUUUAAAAAUGAAAAAAAAAAUAACAUUUGUGAUUAGUUAUACGAUUAUAAACUCUAAUAACUAUUUAGUUAUUACAUUAUAUAAUAUAUAACAUAAUAUUAUAUAUAUUAUUUAUAAACAAAUUUAGUUCCUUUAGCUAUGUAUUUUUUUCUAUUUUUGAAAUUGAAAAUAAAUUUCACUUGUAUAAAAAGUCAUCCUAUAGUGUGUGUACAUAUUUUAUAAAUAUUUAUAGUCGAUAAAAUAUAUUGUAUACUGACAAGUACAUUAUUUGUACAUAUUAUACCUUUUUUUUUUAAAUUAAUUUUUAUUUUUAAGUAAUUAUUUAUUGUAUCGUUUAAGUUAUUUAAUUACUCGGUUGCGGCCGACAACGGGAAACGAACGAAUCGUCAAACGAGAUUUUCCUAUUGUACCUAUUACGAUAAUACAUUUAUUAUUAUUUUUAUUAUGUUUUUGUGUAAAUAUAUGUUUUUGUAUUAUUCUUGUA